UGGAAGGCCACCUCCAAUCAGAGGCUGCAGUUGAUAAGAGGACAGCAUCACUAUGACUGCCAAGAGAGGGAGUGUGUACAAGGGGAGGCGGGGUGUGAGUGUGGGUGCUCAUGUCGUCACUGCCUAAGACACCGUACAGAGCAAAGCGCCCACCCUCUCGCGCCUUCUGUUCUCCUCCUGCAUCCCAACCGUCCCAGUCAGACGGCUUUCAGUGUUGCUUGCCUGAGCCCAGCAGAGACUCCACAUUCUGGCAGUGAGCCACGAUCUGCAGAGCCAAAACAGACAAGUACGAGCAUCAGGAUGAGCUUGAGCAUCGCGCAUCCCUUGUCCCUCCUUCUCCUGCUCCCUUCGCUCCUCAACUGCGGCAUCGGCGCCGUCCCCUCCCCGUUCCAGCUGGUCCCGGACACCCCUGCCCCGGCUGAGCCCACGCCGACCCGGCUCGCGCCUCGGCCGGACCCCUGCGAAGGUCAACCCUGUCUCAACGAGGGAUUCUGCCUGGCCAGCCCAGAGGACACCUGGGAGUACACCUGUACGUGUGGUCAGGGCUUCACUGGACGUAACUGUGAGUUCUUCACAGACCCGUGUUCCAGCAGUCCCUGUCUCCAUGGAAACUGCAGCCUGCACAAUGGCGAAGAGGAGGGGGAGCCGACUUACACCUGUGAAUGUAGCGAAGGCUACGAGGGGCCGAAGUGCGAUCAAAUCGUGCUGGCCGGGGAUGAAUGGGAACCUGUCUCCCCAUCAGCACCUGAACUCGCCACCCCUGUCACCUCCACAACUUCAGCCGCCACUCAGCCCCCACACCCAACCAGCGUGUCCCCCAGCACAACAUCACCACCACCCACCCUGCCGCCAUGGCAACACAAAACUGGCCAGCGGCUUGUGGUGGUGCUGUGGGAGCCCGACAGGGUGACUGAGGGUCUCCACUGCGUGAGCCCAGAGCUGUGUGAGUUGACAGCAACGCUGACUUUAUCUCUGGAGGUACCAGAGGAAACGGCUGUGAAGCUGGUGGUGAAUGCUGGUGGAGCUCCGGUGCUGUGGCGUGUGAAUGAAGAAGGCUUCCUGCGUUCUUCUUUUACAAAUGGCUCUAAAAUGUGGUUCUUGCAAGCCUCAAAUGGGCUGGUGGUCCCUGACCAUGCCUUGCCUCUGGGACAAAACUACUUCCUCAGUGUGAUCCAGGUGGAUUCCCCCACAGCACCAGAGGUCACCUUGCGUCUCAACCUGACGGUGAAAGCUAGCAGUUGUGUGGAGCCUGGCAGCAGCUUUAGUGACCCCCAGUGCUCGGGCAAAGGCAAAUGUGUCACACAGCCUUCUGAGAGCACCUUCUUUUGCGAGUGUGAUGACAGCUACACAGGAAUCUUCUGUGAGGAAUUUGAUGCCUGUCAUCACCGCCCUUGUCGUAACAAUGCCACCUGCACUGAUGUUAGGCAGGGUGGCCAAGGACACAACUUCACAUGUUCCUGUCAAUCAGGUUAUGAGGGUGAAUGCUGCCAAUCGCUGGUGAAUCACUGCCUCUCUCAUCCCUGUGAGAAUGGAGCCACCUGCUCCAGCAGCCUGGCUGGGCCCAGGUGCUUCUGUCCUGAAGGAUUUCAGGGGCCCACAUGUGAGCAGAAGGUGGAUCCGUGUGCUUCUCGGCCUUGCCACAACAAUGGAACCUGCUUCCCUCAGGGCCCCAGCCCUCUGGGUUUUGGCUGCAGCUGCACGUCAGGUUUCACCGGCCCUACCUGUGCCCAGUUGGUGAAUUUCUGUGCUUUGAACCCGUGUGCCCAUGGAGUGUGUCGCAGCGCGGGCAACAGUUACAGGUGUCUUUGUGUGCCAGGCUACCAUGGCUUGUACUGUGAGGAGGAGUACAAUGAGUGUCUGUCCGCGCCCUGCCAGAACUAUGCCACCUGCCGGGACCUCAUCAAUGCCUACGAGUGUGCCUGCACACCACAGUUUGAAGGCAGACACUGUGAAAUUUACAAGGACCCCUGUCUGAAAAUGCGCUGCCUCAAUGGAGGUCAUUGCGAGAGUGCAGGAUUGAAUGCUUCUUGUACCUGCCCACCUGGAUACACAGGAGAGCGAUGUGAGGUCGACAUCGACGAGUGUGAGAGCAACCCGUGUCAUCACGGCGGAACUUGUAUUGACCAAUCGCAUGGCUACACCUGCCGCUGUCACCCCGGAUGGGUGGGGCCAGGCUGUGAGAUCCACCUGCAAUGGAAGCCGCCUCACUCGGAGGAAACUCUGACUAACAUGCCCCGCCACUCCCUCUACAUCAUCAUUGGCGCCUUGUGUGUGGCCUUUGUCCUCAUGCUCAUCAUCCUCAUCGUGGGCAUCUGUCGCAUUAGCCGCAUCGAGUACCAGGGCUCUUCACGACACGCCUACCAGGAGUUUUACAACUGCCGCAGCAUUGACAGCGAAUUCAGCAACGCCAUCGCUUCCAUUCGCCAUGCCAGAUUUGGCAAGAAGUCUCGGCCUGCCAUGUACGACGCCACUCCAAUCAACUAUGAAGACUACAGUCCAGAUGACAAACCUUUGGUGACCCUCAUUAAAACAAAGGAUUUGUAAAGCAGUGUUGCACCCAUGUAUACAGGUUUAUAUAUGGGAAAAAAUAAUCUGAAUGUAAAAUACAAGAAAAAUAACAACCCACGAUAUGAUAUCCGUAGUUUAAAAAGUACAACAAAGGAAUUUGAUACAUCUAUUUUCCUGUUAACGUUCACGCUUAGGCUUCGCUGUAGCAUAAGAGCACCACUGGCGCAGUAAACUCAUGCGGGCCAAAAGUAACAGGAACCCUCUGCUACAAAAUAACAACGUCCGCUCACAACUCCCUCUCGGUCUGUUUGCUGUCAGGCGACUCAAAACCGACAACGGUUGGUGCAGGAAAUAGAUAUCACCGCAUAUGCUGAAUAUUUUUAUAUCUAAAGUCAAUUCUGCAGUAGGUUGCCUUACUUCAUGCAUGGUUACAUUUGUUGCUCAGAUUAGGACGUCCUUUCAUUGGUUGCUCUUUCCCUUUGCAGAUGUAUUACUACUCUAAAGAUUGUGCCAAAUCAUUAUUUUGUGCUUGGUAGACAAUUUACAUACAUGUAUAAGAAUAUUCCAGAUUUAAGGGACAUUUUUGUUCCUUUUAGUAAUGCCUAUUGUGUUUGUUCUUUACAUGCAAGUUCCUCGCUGGUGUAUUAAUGAUCAAGAAUGUGCAUCUGCUAGAUUACUGUAAUUCUACCAUCCUGCUGUGUGUAAAUUAGUGAACUGUAGGGUAGACAGUUGGUAUGAUUAUAACUGUACAGUUUGUUCGGUGUACUGUACCUGUUUCUGUUCUAGAGCACUAACUCACACCAAGUAUUGAUCGUACAGUAUGGUUUCUUCUGACCUAUAGAUGUGUAUUGAACACUUAUUGCUUAUAUUACCUAUGUUGAAUAAUGUAAAGAUUAAAGUGAACCAUAUACGUCAAA